AAUGGAGUUGUUGUGAGCGGGAUCUCGGACUUGGACAGAGCGGUCGACAACAACAAGUGAAUCUUUGAUGUUUCUUUCAAAUAUGUAAGGACCUUACUUAGAUGACGCUCCUCUCAACUGGUGUCGACUGGCUCUUGCUUGCUCGAUGGAAGAGAAAGGGGAUGAGAGAUUGGAAUGGAAGACGAAUGACUACACAUACUCAUCAUCGAAGAUACCCACCUCACCAUCACUGCAGUUGCUCAGUGAUCCGCCAACACUUUGCUCAUUUCACUACACUGUUGCCUGUCCUGCACAUGUCGGGAUUUGAAGAUGCCUCGGUGAAACACUGUACUUACAACAUACCUCACUCGUCGGAUCAUGACAACGAGCCUAAGAUGAUCUAUAUUUGGCUGAGGACUGUCAACUAUGUAUCACAAUGUGUGGUCAAGAAGAAGCCAUCUGCUGCAGAGGUGGUUGGACUUCGAGCUUCUUCCCUGGCCGAAGAGCAGCCGCGGGCGACCAAGUCAAGCUUGCAUCGCAUACAACCCUGCUCCAGCCCUAAUCUUGUUACAAACCCACCAUACCAACUUCUUCUGCUCUUAUCUGUGUACAGCAAGAACAAGGAUAGCAAAACAUGGACCCGUCUCAAUACCAGUUGUCUGGGACCUCUCGUUGCCUGUAGUGCGUCGAUUCGCCUAUGUCUUGACCGUACACCCGUUCGUGUACAUUCUCGUCAGCGUUGAUCCGUCGCCCACCUGGACAAGACCCGAAUAACACUUAGCCAAGCAAAUCGCACCUGCCUCUCCAGAUA